UUUGGCCAUAAGGUAUUAUUUAUUGCAGGCCCUCAGCCCAUUUGUUUAAUGAAUUCGACAAGCGAGCUGUCCAUAAGAUGGCUUCCCCAUCCCACCCCAUCAGUUAUGAGACUUACGAGGCUUAUCCUCCUAGGAUACCAGCCGGAACUACAAGAUCACAUGCCUAUUUGAAACAGGGCUGAUGGGAGAGCACCAGCAGAGGUCCCAGACAAGGGCUUCCCAUUCGUAUUAAUAGUGUCUGUUGGAGCAAUUGUAAUCUUUCAUAUGAAUAAUCACUUAAAACGCUUCCCAGUCGACUGUUGGAGAUGGGGCGACUGCUGAAAUUUAGAUUCAUGGCCCUAAUCUAAUGAUUUCUAAUCUCAAAACUCUUUAAACCUUUGACUUCCCAGCCGCACGCAAUAUGUGUUAUAUUUUCGACUCUUCUUAUCUUGGCAGACUCGCGAGAAGACUGGUCUUCUCAUCAGAGAUUUAAAAAGCCGGAGCCAUGAGUCUCCCAGCAGCAGUUGACAUUCUUUCCAUUCCAGUGAAGCUGCGAGACGGAAGCCCCUUCCUUUCUUCAAUGAUGCUCCCGGUGAUCCUCCUGUGGCUUUCUGUGGCUUUUCUUAGCUCCGAAGGCAAAGCUCUUCCAGAUCAAUGUGUAAGAGCACCAGGCACCAGCUACAUGUCCGUCCAAGAAAUCCAAAUCGGAGACUCAGACCCCUUCAAAGUGGUUUGUGGCUAUGAUCUGGACCCGGGUCCCGCCGAGAUUUCUGUUUAUAGCAAUCUCUUCAUCACAAAUGAGUUCAAUCGCACGUACGAGGAGCACGUGGCUGGGUUCGGAGAAGUCGGAUGGAGCAACGCGAAGUUCUUCAUCGGACUCCAGCAGCUGCACCUUCUGACGAACAGUGCGCCCCAUGAGGUGAUUAUAGACUCCCUGUCCAUGAAGGAGAGGUGCGACCACUUCGUCGUCGGCAACCGGACCGAAGGGUAUAUGGUGAAGAGCACUGGCAACUGCUUCGGAGAUCCGUGCCUGGCCCUCAAAAAGGGCGUCAGGUUCUCCACCUUCGAUCGAGACGAGGACGGACUGCCCGACCACAACUUGGCCCAGGAGAUGGGCUUCGGCUGGUGGCACAAUUCCAGGCGGCCUGACCCCUUCAUGAGGUACAAACAUCUAGCGAUUUGGAUCCGAAGGAAAGAAACCGAAGCAGAAUAAAUGGAAAUGGAGAGGGACUUUGGAGUCUAAACUUUGUGAAAAUUCUUUAAAAUAAAGGCCAAGG